AUGCCGUGGUCUCCGUGCCUCAACACUUGUGAGCCGGGGAAGCAAGUGCGCGUGCGCACGGUGCACGGGGGACCGAAUUGCGGGCCCGUGCAGGAGACCCGCGACUGCCCCGUGCCGCCGUCGUGUCGUUCCCGUGACGCCACCUGGAUCGCCGGUGAAUGGAGCACCUGCCGCUUGCCCCCCGGCCAGCGGUGCGGCCUUGGCUACAGAGUGAGGAGCAUCUGGUGUGGGUCUGACUCCCAUCGAGUGGAAGCGGGGGCGUGUGCUGGUCAACUAGUGCCAGCCAGCGUGGCGUCUUGCACUGUUACCUGUGACAGUAUUAUACCCCUAACAUGUGAUGUCAUCUGCGCAGAUCCCUUGAAAUACCUCGACGCAUCGGACCCAGACGUUCCAAAUUGUGUUUGCAAGACCGUCUCAUUGGAGUUACUACCAGCCGACUCCGACUGCAUUUUGCCGACAGGAAUGGAGUGCGGUGAAGGAAGAGCUUUGAGGGCCGCACGUUGUAUGGUUAAAGGACGUGAUGUUCCGAUGGACAUUUGUAAGAAAUAUCAUCCACUGACAGGUCCGCGCCGCGUGCGCGAGGCGUCGACCGACGGAUUCGCUUACGACGAGGAGUUCCCGAGCCUGGUGCGCGGCGCGUGCAGCGUCCGCUGCGCCAGGGACUGCGCCGCCGGCCCCUGGGCGCCCUGGGGCGCCUGCUCCGCCGAGCCGGGCUCUCGGGCCGCCUUCCGUUUCCGCACCAGGGAAGUGAUAGAAGAGGGCUCCGCUGGCGGCAGGGAGUGCGGUGCAACGCUCCAGCGAGCCAGCUGCCUUGUAUCGGAGCCCGUUUGGGAUGUCGGCGCGUGGUCGGUGUGCGCGCCACAGGACGCGCUAUGCGGCAGAGCCAUCAUAAACAGAACAGUCGUUUGCCGGGAUUCGAACAACGCGAAAUUGGAGGACACCGAGUGCGUGAUGAGCGGCGCUGGUCAGCCGCCGGCGCGCGAGGCCACCUGCCGGGCCCCCUGCCCCGCCGACUGCGUCGUCAGCACCUGGUCCGAAUGGAGCCCCUGCGAGCAGACCAAGUGGGGGGGUCGCCGUGAUCGUACCCGCGUGGUGCUCCGCCCCGCCGAUGACGAGGGGGCGCCCUGCCCCCACCUGGUCGGUGCGGAGCCCUGCGCUCCUCACACGUUCUCCUGGCACGUCGCCCCGUGGGAUGAUUGUCAGCCUCUUGGAGGUUCCCCAUGUGGUGAAGGAACUAAGAACCGAGCGGUUCGUUGUCUACGCAGCGACGGUGUAUUUGUCAACGACUCUUUCUGCCCUAACGCGACGGCGACCGAAGCCCGCGAGUCCUGGUGCUACGUGCCUUGCGGCGUGGACUGCGAGCUGGGCGAGUGGAGCGCCUGGGACGCCAGCGCGUGCGCGUGCGGCGACGCCAACGUGGCCCGCCACAUGAGACGAACCAGGCAACAGCCCUGCUUGCGACUGGUCGCGCGGCCCUCCCUGGGUUGCCACGUUCAGACUUCGACUGGUGAGGAAGCAGACAAUGCGUGCGGUUGGGGCGUGAAGGUGUCGCACGCUCGCUGCGAACUCAGCGGCGUGGGUGACAACGCCGACGCUUACUUGGAGCCCUGGCGUUGCGCGUCUGCCUUGCCAGGCCGCAUUGCCGCCCCGCCACUACAUUAUCAAGAGGACGAGAACUGCGAGGUGGAGUGCGGCUGCAAGGAGUCCGAGCUCGGGCAGCCGGGGCCGUGGGGCUCGUGGGGCCCGUGCCGAGGGGGGGCGCGCUCGCGCACCCGCCAGCUGCUCGUGCCCCCCACCAAGCCGUGCAGGACCUCCUCCAGAUACGUCACAAUCGAGUGGGCCAACUGCACCGGAUCGCCUGACGAGAUCCCGGACCUUUUGGCCGUGGACCGAAAGGAGAAGCCGCGCCGCUCCUGGCUCGACCGCGAGACAUACAACAACGGAUACAUAGAGGGCAGCAGUUCCGCCAUAGCCGUCGUGUGGACCGCUACCGUCGUGCUGAGCCUGUAUGGCGGUUUCAUGACCUAUCGCGUGGUCGUGAGAUGUCUGAGAAGCAGGACACUGAAGAGCAUCACAAAAGUG